AUGCAAGUUGUCUACAUAGGACUGCUCCUCUUAGGUGUGACCUGGGCAGCACCAACAUUACAACCUCAGCCUGGGGGAACUCAGCCAGGCUGUGUGGAAGAGCAGAAGAUAAUGCAAAAAGGCCACCACAAGAAGCAUGGGCAUUACAUUUUUAAAUGUGUUUACACACAGUCCGGGAAGAAACAGCAAAGCAUCAUAAAGGAAGAAGAAAAAGAAAAAGAGAACACUGCUCUUGACCAUUCUGCCAAGAAAAGCAAUCAGCAGACAUCAUCUAAAGAAGAUACUGUACAGGAAAGAGAUUUGGCCCUUCUUGAAAUCAACAGAAAGAACCAGAGUGGUAAAGCUCAAAAGCUCUUUGCAAAUAGACAGACACUGAAUGAGGAAUAUAACAACAUCAUUGCCACAGAAGCCGACAAGAACCCAGCAAUGUCCAUAUAUCCUGAACCCGCUGGGGAUAGAGGGCUUAAGGAUGGAGAGGAUGCCGCCAGUAAAUUCCAUGACCAAGAAGAGUACAGUACAGGGCUCAACAGAAAGAAUCUGCAGCAUAGCAUGAGACCUGUGGUGGUGACUGAACCUUUGGGGAAAGAAAAUCAAAAGAGUGAAUCUAGGAAUAUUCUAAGAAACAUUCCAGAAGGUAUACACUAUGCCAAAAUCCACUCAGAAAAUAAAGAUAACCAUCCAAGAGAUACUCAAGAGUGGAAUCACCCCAUAAAAAGCAAGAACACCCGUCAUGCUCAACAAAAUGCUGAGAACCUACAACAGCUCCCUAAAGUUCAGAAGGUCCCCAGUGAUUUUGAAGGCAGUGGUUACACAGGUCUUCAAGGGAGAGGGGACAAUGACAUCAUUGCAUUCAGUGGAGAUGGCCAACCCUUUAAGGACAUUGCUCACAAAGGAGGAGUGACAGAUUCCAACUCAGGACCUGUUGAUGCCCACACUGGGUUUACAGACCCAAGGGAAGCUGAGGUUAUUGAUCCCAGCACAAGGGGAUCAGGUUAUAAUGAGAUCCCAGAGGAAGAACAAAACGGUAGAAAUACCUUUGGAACCAGGGGUCAAACAACAAAAGAAGCCACUGAGGUGAGCGUUGUAGAGGGCAGCAAUGACAUCAUAGGUAGUACCAAUUUUAAGGAACUCCCUGGAAAGGAAGGAAACAGAGAGGAUGCCAUCAGCCAAAAUGCACACCAAGGAAAAUUUGAGUUUCAUUACCCUCAGCCACCCUCAAAAGACAAAAGAAAAGAAGGUAGUGGUGAUGCAACUGAGCGUACACAUUACAACAACAUUCCCAAGAAUGGCAAAGGAAGUAGUAGACAAGGCACAGAGCACUCUGUUAGAAACCGAGUCCACUCCCAUGAAACCCAAAGAUUUUCCAGCAAGGGCAGCGGUCAAGGAGUAGAGAAUGAAAGAACACACAACAGAAAAGAUCAUCAGGUACCUUAUCAACAAAAUAAUAAAGGGAUACCACAAAGGGAAGGCUCUUGGGGUUAUAGAAAAUCACAUCCCAAUAGGAGGGUCAGGUUCCAUAGAAAGGACAGCAGUGAAUCCUCAGACAGUGGUAGUUCAAGUGACAGUGACAGUGAUUAG